GGACUCGCAGCUGGGCGGCUGGCCAGAGGCGCGAGAAGCGGCGCCGUUCGCACGGGGGUCCAACCCCCCUCUCAAUUUCUACCCGUUUCCCCGAAACUGAGGACAAGCGUUCCUCUUCUUCAUUCAGGCACCUUUGCUUGUUGGGUGGCAGUCGCGAAAAGCGAACAGAAGGAGAGCACGCGAGUCUCUUGCGCGUCUUCCUCCAUCAGACUCCCGAGAAAACAAAGUCUUUCCGGAUCCCUUUUGCGGCGUGUGUCAGCAGACCUGGACAACUGGAGAGAAAGCCGUCUGUGUUCAGCCCGCUCCUGACCUCGUCCUCCUAGGUUAUCUUUUCGUCUACUUUUCUCCGCCAUCCGGCUGCUGAGUUGCGAGGAUCUCCGACUUCAGCGCCCUGUAUUCCGGACUUCUGCAUUCCUGCUCCAGUCUCUUGGCCUGGUCUCCUGUCGCACAUGUGAAAACGCGUGUCUCCGACUCUCUGGGGGUUGAACUCGUCGCUCGCUCCGAAAGAAUGGAGCCCAUACGCCGAAAGUCAAGAGGAACUUUACACUUUUCAACAAGUGAAACGAUUGUUCUGACAGCGGCGGCUCUUUCGGGACACUGUCUCCGGUAUUUCACACAACUCACGCCUGUUGGGCUUCCCUUUCUUCUGCGGUGUUCGGAGAGCUCCUUCUGAUGAGGCCGCCGUGUCUCCGGCCUCUGAGUCGCGCCUUCAUGUCUCUGGUGAAAAAGGGAGUCUUCUCCACGAGUCCCGAGGGGAUUUUCAAGGCGCAUGCUUUCGGGCGCGUUUACGUUCUGCUUUCUCGCCUGCAGAACUUGGGAACGCAAAAAGAGGCUCCGUAUUCAUCAAGCUGGUGUCAAUGUUUCUCUUCGGUUGGUUUGUCAGUUCCUCUGUUGUACCUUUUCAGGUGACCAUCCACGCGGACAUCCCCAUACCGGUGUUUGGGAGCAGAAGCAGCAUCGCACCUGCAUAGUCAGGUGUGGUUGCACAGGAGGACCGCUGUAAAAGAAGAUGCGCGACGCUCAGCUCGGGGAAACGAGAAUGGCUCUUCCUGACACUGCCUCUGCAUCCUCUGCGGUUCCUCAUCAGGACGUCGAGGCUGCACCCGCUUCCUCGUCUUCUUCCUCGUCUUCUUCCUCGUCUUCUUCCUCGUCUUCUUCCUCGUCUUCUUCCUUGUCUUCUUCCUCGUCUCCUUGCGACGUCUCCAGCUCGACGUUGCACCUUCUGAUGAAGAGAGACACAAUGGAGGAGGAGGAGCUCUUCCUUCGACUCUCCGGACUGGGACAAGACGAACGUGGCAAAGACGCACUGAUGAGUGGAGACGAAACGCUCGCGUACCCCUGCACAAUCCAAGCUCUCUCUCUCGCUGAAUCUCUCUUGUCUUCUUCUUGUCCUUCGUCUUCUGCUUCUACUUGUCCUUCGUCUUCUGCUUCUACUUGUCCUUCGUCGUCUGCUUCAUCCUGUCCUUCGUCGUCUGCUUCAUCCUGUCCUUCGUCUUCUGCGUAUUCCUUUUCUUCGCCUUCUUCGUCCUCUGCGUCUUCUUCCUUUCCUUCGUCUUCUUGUCCUCUCCCAAGUCUGAAUGAAGACAGCGGCCGAGGGGCAGGAGAAGAGCCGCGAGGAGAAGAUGAGAAGAAACUUGAAAAUGUUAUGAGUGGCAGAGACAGAGGUCCUCUCCGUGAACAGCGCUGUUCGCCGCAAGUGACGGACGCGGCCGUGGACGGAGACGCUUCUCCCUCGCCCCGUCGAGGGGGCAUUGCUUUCCGUGGAGCUUGUGAGGCACUUUGCCACCCAGAGAAAGCAAAGGAAAACGCGUCUUCGCCGCCUUCGUCGUCUCUCCGUUCCUCGAGUCACCCACCUUCGAGUUCGUCCGUCCUCGAUCUGCUGCCUGAAGUGUACAUACAACAGCUGGACCGUCAGCUGGGAGAGCGUCGCGACGGAGGUUCCCUCUCUGCUUCCUUGCAGAGCGGGGAGGAAACCGGAUCUCUUCUCCGCUCUCGCUCCUCUGCCUCUUCGUCGCCUUCCUGUUCCCCCAGUCAGCGCGAGGCUGCUUCGUCUUCCUCAAGAAGCCGCCUUGCUUCUCCCUUCCUGCCGGCUCCGUCUUCGCCCAGCCUUGGUGGAUGUCCACUCGGCACACGGGCAAGGGGGGGGUCCCCGCCGCGCCCUGCAGGUGGAGAGACAGCUGAGGGGCGCGCUGACGACCAGAAGGAAGAAGGGAGUGCGGUGUACAGACAGCCGGAUCAGAGACAGCAGGAGACGACAGACUCGGAGGCGAGAGAUGCCGAGCAAGACGGGUGCCUCUUCUCCCUCACGGAGGUAGCCAUCAAGCGAAUGGAGACCGAGGCGAUGAAGGCCGCCCUCGACGGCCGAAGGGAGGAUGAGGCAGAGCUCAGAGAGCAGCUGCAGAGGCAGAGGGAGAGGGGGCAGGCGAGAAGGCGGAAAAUGGGGGACAGACAGCAUGACGAAGGCGUCCAGUGGGAGCUGGAGAACGUCCUGAGUCACGGAUUCCAGUUGGACCAGGUGGUGGCGCGCAUCGACGAGUUAGAGGCGUUGAGAAAACAGGUGGAAGCAGAGACGAAGCUGUGUGUGAAGUCUCGACAAGACGAGCUCGUCUCGAGCAGCAAAGCUCUGCGGGACCUGGAGGCGGAUUUUCGGGAGCUGCACGACCAGGCUGCGGCGACGCGUCACCUGCUCGUGGUGUACAGACAGCGACUGUUGGUGCCUUCGCUGCGGGUAGUCCUCCAACAGCGGAAGCAGCAGGAGCAACAGGAACGGCUGCGUCUGCUUCUGCAGAUUCAGAAGGUCGCUGCUCUGGACAUGGCUCUGGAGGAGUGUCAAGCGGAGCACCUCCUUCCUCUCUCAGCUUCGCUCCUUGUUGAGGCCCUCUCUCUGCCGCUUGUCGCUCACGGCGGCAGGGUGCAGCUCCAGACUGGGCCGGGAGCAAACACGGGAGGAGACAGAGAAUGCGAGGCAGGCCUGCAAGACAAAGAGAACGCCGGAGUGAUUCUCUGCGUCCAGAAAGCGAAAGAAAAGCUCCUGAAGUCGCUCGAGUCUCUUCGAGCGUCCAUAGACAAGGCGGUGGAGCAGGCGUCGCGGUCUCUGCCGCCUCCGGUCACUUCGCUCUCCAGCAAUCCUCUCUCAGUCUCCAGCUCCCUCUCUUUCUCCAACGCCUCUCUCGCGCAGGCUGCGUCUCCGUCCCCCGUGACCGGGUCCCCGUUCUCUCUGUCGGCCUCUGCAUGCCCAUGGAAGCAGUACACCGCGGCGCUCGCUGCAGCUUCGCUCCUGCCUCCUUCUGUCUCCGUAGGGGAGCUGCUGGUAGCGCACUUGGUCAAGUCGGCCGAGAAGACGGGACAGCAGAUUCUUCUCGCCUUUCUGCCGGCCUCUCUCUUCUCCUCCAGAGCGCGCGGCUCGCAGGGUGAGAAGAGUGGACUCCACGCCGGGGGGCGCGAGCGCAAGGAGCAUUUGCUGAUUCUGCGGGAACGCGUGGACGUCCCUCCAGGGGAGACCCGGAGACAUGCUGCCGCGGUGCAAGCCGGCGAGGAGACGCUGCCUUCUCUGGGGCGCCUGGCGAAGCAGGUGAAGACUCCGGACGCACUGAGUUGUUUGAUCAAGAUUUUCGAGGCCCACAUGGACGUUCUUCUGGGUUUGUCCUCGCUGCUCGCCUGGCACAGCGAACUGAUUUCUCUUCACCUGAAAGAACUCCUCGCGAAGCAGCCUUCCCAGCCUCUGCAUAGCGCCUCGGUCUUCGUCUCCUCGCCGUCCUCGCUCUUCGCGUCCACGUCAAACGCGCCGGAAACGCGGCUCUGCGGAGACAGUGGGCCAGAGGCUGUGAAGGCAUGCAAGGCGACCGCAGAGGGCGAGGCGCGGGAGGUGCGAACGACGCUGGAGGUGGCGGCGGACGCGGCGGCUCGGGCGCGCGCCGAGGGCGGCCCGACAGCUUUCUCCGCGAGUCUCCACUUUGUGUCUCUGCUGUUUCACGUGUACCACAGUCUGCAUGCGCGCCGCCGCGCCAUCUGGCUAUCUCUGCAGAACCAGGUCGUGGACGUUUUGACGCAUCUGACGCUCGCAGACACGCACUCAUGCCCCGCGGUGAAUGACAUCGUCUCUGGCAUCCACGGCGCGUACGCGUACGUGAUCAGCGGAUGUCGACUGUGCUGCGUUCGCGAUGCAUCGCAGGACAGUUUCGUGGAGAAGAUGGAGCAGGAGGCUCUCGACCUUCUCGCGCGCGUCGCCCACACAGACGGCCGCGUCUCCUCGCACCUCAGGUCCUGGAUCGAGAAGGCGGAGACGGAUGCAGAGUCGAGGGCGGAAGCCGGGUCUCUGUUGCCGGCGAGGAGUCCCGUCGUGGACGAGCUGUACAGACAGGUGUUGAGGCUUUUGGACGCGCUCGAAAGAGAGCAGUUGCGCUCUCUUCUCCACCUUCUCGAAGAGGAGAACUGGCAACGGCUUCCCGUCCCGCGGACCUUCUCCUUCUUUGCCUUCGGGCGUCAAGUCCCUCCCGCCGUCCCCCUCGAGGUGUACAGCUAUCCGAAUCCAGCUGUGUUUCAGCAGUUUCCCCCCGAGAGGUCCUCAGAUCCUCACUUCGCGACUUCCGCAACUCUUCAGAACGCCUCUGUCGCGCUGUCGACCUCGGAGACAGAAGCCUACAUGCCCCCCUUCUUUCGACAGCCUUUCCCCCCGCGCCUGCCUCCUUUUCCGUACGCGUGCGACUCCGCGGAGACUUCGAGCAAGCCACACGCACAGACAGCGCAUCCACGUCCUUCUCAGGAACUUCUGCCUCAAAGGAACUGCUUCCGGGGCUGGAGUCCGGGUCGCCCACUCCCGGGCGUCCCGCCGUGUCUGUACACCGACGAGGUGGCGGCUCCCGCUUCCGACGACGGUACGAUCCACGUGAGGCGGCUUCAGAGCCCCGUUGUGAGUCUGUCCGCGAAGUUGGCUGCGAAGGAGCUGCGACAUUUCUUCCGCCUCGCUUUCGCCUUUCCUCUCGCCACCUUUCCGGCGCUGUGCGCCGUCAUCGACCAGGUUGGGUUCUACGUCGCCGUGGCUGCAGGGGUGUCUCUCACCUCCAGCUCGUUCGCGUCCCUUCUGGAGGCACCUGUGUCUACAUCGCUUGCCGCAGUCUCCGGCGACGGCAACGCGGUCGACUCGCAGACGCGCAGGAAGCUGCUGGAGACGACCGACGCGGCUCUGCUUCAGAGUCGCGCCCCUGCCCUUCGAGCGUUGCUCCUCACCCAGGAAGCGCGCCUCCACCUUCUCUUCGCGAAGGAAGCUGGAGGCGACUUGAAAAAGGCGAGUGAAGGCCGGGCGAGUGAGGCGGCGUCGCCGGAGAUGGCUCUGAGACGAAAGGCUUCCUCUCUCUCGCAGGGUGACGGCUCGGGACUGCUGGGUCGCUCGGGCUCCGGAUUUGCAGGCGGGGACUCCGACGAAGAGACCCGCAGCUCACUGAGCGGGGUGUCUCUUAAUCUUGCACACAUUCUGAGGCCUAUGGCGAAGCAGUCCAGUCCAGGAGCGCUGUGGGGCGCGGCGGAGCGCGCGACAGCGGUGGAGUCUGCCGCUGAUAUGGUGGCGGACCUUCACGAACACCUGCAGCAUGCCCUAGCUUCGAGUCCUCCGGGGUGGCUCGCGCAACGACUGACGCGCGAGCAGCAGAUGCACGCGCUCGGGCAGAUGCAGAAGCUUCAGAGGGCUGUGGACGAACUCCGGUCCGUUGCGCUCCUCGGCCUAGCCGGCUGUCUGUGUGACAGUUCGGCGUUCAUUUGCUCGCUUCUCCGCGCCGUCGCCUCCGACUUCCCGCAGACCGCCGAGAAUGAGGCGUCGCCCCCUCUGGGGCCAGAGACUCACCCAUCGAGCGCGGGAGGGCCUUUAUCGCGGUCUGGCUCGCAGGCCGCAGGGGGUGGCGCUCUUCCCAGCGUCGAACGCGCCCUUGGAAGUCAACGGGGCCUUUUGCGAGACCUCACACGGCGGCUGCGGUGCGCGGGAGGCGGGGAGAUCACCCUCAUGUCGCAGAGAGACUUGUGGCUCGCGAUCGAGGCUCGGAGUGUCCUCGACUGCGUGGAAGUCCUCAGUGCCGCGCCGCUGCCUCACGCGCGAGCAGUCCAAGGCCUCUCUCCCGGCCCACUUCUCUCUCUCGCAGAUUCGCUCCGUGGGUUCUUGCGGGACGUUCAUGCACUCGUUCUGAAGAGCUCCGAAGCUGUGGCUGAGGCCUCUCGAACGGCCCUCGCCCCACGGGCGAAUGGCCCUGGGCCGAACCCAUCUAUCGGCGUCUUCACGGGGAGCAGUGGGGCGUUCCUGCAGGAGGUCGACGCAGGCCUCGCCGGUGGCGCGUGUGAGGCAGGCGCCGGGAUAGAAGGCUCCGCACAGGGUAGCCGGUGCUUCUUCGGGAGAGUCGACAUCGCCUUUCUCGACGGCUUCACGGAAGCAAUCGCGAUGAGCGCCACGGAUGUGCUUCAGUGGUGCCGCUACCAGCAGAGACGCACGGCGGAAGCAGCGCUUCUUCUCUGGGGGGAGGCACCUGCAGCCGGCGCGGGCCGCGAAGAGACACGGCUCGGAGCUCGCGGGGCGACGCGCGGGGAGCAACGCGGGAAAGAAGCCGUGUACAGUUUGCGAGUGCUCAGCAACGCAGUCUUGCGAAUGGAGGGCUUUGGGUUUCUCCCACGAGGAAAGGCGGCUGAUCUCGAGAGGCGGUAUCUGGCGCUGCUCGCGGAAAACGGACAGAAAAAACGCGCGCCGCAGCAGUCGCUGGCGGCCUCGCCCCUUGGUGUGGAGGCGCCGCAGCACGGAGGAGACACAGAGCGAGGGGAGGGCAGAGUGGGGAGAGACGCGAGGUGUGUGCAGCUCGUGAGCAGCGGCGAGAGCGCCCCUCUCAGUGGUGCCGGCGGUCCACUCAACUCCGGGACUCCUGGGCGAAACCAAGUGGCAGGAAGGGAGCCAAGGUUCUCUGGCGCGUUGCAGCAGAAGGCAACGUCGGCUGUCGAGAGACAGCGAAACGGCCCUUCGCCAGAAGACCUCAAUAGGUAUCUGCAGCAACUGGAUCACCACCGGCGAGUGCGCAGUCAAUCUCAACACCAGUAAAAAAAACAGAGGGUGUGUGGUGGAACUGCAAACAAGGUUAAGAGGGAGAAACUGUGCGACGCUGUUUGUGUGUGAGAUUCGAAUUUUGUGGAUACUGCGAAAAAGACGGACAGGGCCUUGUUGCUCUGGACGCCGUUCCGGUAGCUGUUGGAUCUGUCUGGUGGCGCCGUUUUCGUGGCGCUCCUCGAUUCCUCCGGGGGAAACAAGACGGGAAGCGGAUCCAUCAGGAACAAGUGCGUUCGCUGUCUUUCCUCAGCAUGCACUUUCACGUGAAAAAGAGGCACGACGGCGUUGUGUCUCCACAGAUGAGUUCAUUUCCACGUCUGUAGAAGACAAACAAGACGGCGGUUGAGUCAAACGGACGGACGCCUGCUCCGUUCUCUGUCUCGUCGGCGACCCUAGACGCUUUAGCGGUUUUUGGUUAGUGUGAAGAAGACCCAAAGACUCGGCGGUCGAACGCUGUUCAAAAGUGAAUCAAGCGGCAUCAGCGCAGGCAGCGACCUUCGAGAAAAGCCAUUCAUACGAAAUUCUAGCUUCCCGAUCUUUCAAUAGCGCAUGGUCACACCGGGAUGAGAGAGCAGGAUGUCCACACCGGCUGACAACGGAAGAAAUAAGCUCAUCGAACAAGGCCGCUGAGAGAGGUGCCGUUCUUUCAUUUUUGUUCUGUACAAGGAGAAUGAGGUAUUCUUCCAUGCGUGGUCUGUAUUGGCAAUACUCCAUCCGUUAAUUGUUUAACCGCUAUAGCCGGGGCUGAGUUCUUAAGGCAGUGCUAUCAAGCGAUGCCGACAGCUUCUAGACAAACGUGGAUACCAACAGGGUAUUGAAAACCACCGGUUUUAGCUGUCUUCGUAGGCCAGGGACGUGGCAGUGUAGAGCCAUCGACAGAGCCUUGGUUGUCAACAUCUCAGAAAUGCAGCCGUACUUUCAUCAUUCAAUGUACC